AUGACCUACAUCUCUGUGUGCUGCCUCAGCAGGAAGCUGGCAUACCUCGUGCUUGGUGCCAUAGCACUCCUUCUGGGUGGCUGUGGCUCUGUCCUCAGCAACACCGGUGGAAACUUGCACACUUUUGUGGGUUGUGCUGUGAGGGAGUUCACUUUCCUGGCCAAGAAGCCAGGCUGCAGGGGCCUUUGAAUCACCACUGAUGCAUGCUGGGGCCGCUGUGAGACCUGGGAGAAACCCAUCCUGGAGCCCCCAUACAUUGAAGCCCAUCACCGAGUCUGUACCUACAACGAGACCAGACAGGCGACUGUCAAGCUGCCUAACUGUGCCCCUGGAGUGGACCCCUUCUACAACUAUCCCGUAGCUGUCCGCUGUGAUUGCGGGGCCUGUUCCACUGCCACCACGGAAUGUGAGACCGUCUAA